AGAGGCGUGUGGAACACAACUGUGCGCAGGCAACAUGACCUCAUUAACGUGGGGACUGCUCUGUUUCAUUGGCAUCCUGGCACCGGGAACUCUGGGAACUUUCCCACAGUUGGGGUCACGCAACCGGCAGAUCCACUCAAUUAGUCCUUUGAGCCCACGAGUAUCCUCGCAAGUCCCUCCAAGGGUUUACCAGAGCUUUGAGGAUAUCAAAUCUAUUGAACACACCUCUGAUGAAGUACCAAGUGCUGAAACUUUUCAAGAGGUCCAGCUGGGUGGUGACACAUCCCGAGGCUACCAGCAACAGCAGGGUGCCCAACCGGGUGCCAACAACAACCUGGUGCAGGACAGGCGAAUUGCUGGCAAUAGAGCUGGUGGCACUAAUUCCAGGUUUCAUCGCUAUCAGUCCUCCCAUCAGCAGCAGCCAAAGAAAAGCCAGCCGCUCUCACAGCUGCAAGACAAAGCUGCACCGUUUGCAUCCUGGCAGCCUGCACGAGACUCAAGCAACUCUCCUGCAUCCUUCAGAGCUGAAGCAGCAACAAGAUCUAACUGCAGGAAUCGUCCUAUCGACCUGGUUUUCAUCAUAGACAGCUCCCGCAGUGUACGCCCUGCUGAGUUUGAAAAGGCCAAAGAGUUCCUGCAAGAUAUGGUGGACAGCUUGGAAAUUGGCUCAGACGCCACACGAGUCGGCCUUGUCAAUUAUGCCAGCACAGUGCAGAUUGAGUUUCUCCUCAAGACGUAUUUUGCCAAGUCUGCCUUGAAGCAGGCACUGGCCCGUGUUGAGCCCCUUGCUUCAGGCACCAUGACGGGCAUGGCCAUCAAGACUGCCAUGGAGAAAGCCUUCACAGCAGAGGCAGGGGCCCGAGGUAGUUCCAAGAACAUUGCCAAAGUAGCCAUCAUAGUGACAGAUGGGAGGCCCCAGGACAAGGUAGAGGAUGUAUCAGCCACAGCUCGGGCAUCUGGGAUCGAGAUCUACGCAGUGGGAGUUGACAGAGCUGAUAUGAUGUCUCUCCGCCUCAUGGCCAGCCAACCACAUGAUGACCAUGUCUUCUAUGUGGAGACCUAUGGUGUCAUAGAGAAGCUCACUUCCAAAUUUAGGGAAACCUUGUGUGGUAAGGAUGAUGAUCAUGGGAGUGCGGAUGUUCCAUUAGAUGGAGGAAUUGAUGAUUAUGGACUAGGUCCAGAGGGCAGAAAAGACGGUAGGCCUAAUGGAAUAAGUAAUGAAAAUGACGAUAAAGGAAACAACGGUUUGGAUGCAUGUGCUCAGGGACAUAAUUGCCAGCACAUUUGUGUCAACAGUGGCAACUCAUACAACUGCAAGUGUCGCAAUGGCUAUGUCUUGAAUCCGGACGAGAAAACAUGCUCACGUUCAGAUUCAUGCACCCAGGGAAAUGACUGCCAACAUAUCUGUGUCAGCAAUGAUGACUCAUACACCUGCAUAUGUCGAAUGGGAUAUAUUUUGAAUGCAGACCAGAAAACAUGCUCACGUUCAGAUACAUGUACCCAGGGACACGGCUGCCAACAUAUUUGUCUCAAAAAUGGUGAUUCUCAAGUUUGCGUGUGUCAUGAGGGAUAUGCGUUGAAUGCAGACCAGAAAACAUGCUCACGUUCUGAUCCAUGUGCCCAUGGACAUGAUUGCCAGCACAUUUGUAUAAAUAGCGAUGAUUCGUACAUCUGCAAAUGUCGAGUGGGAUAUAUUUUGAAUCCAGACAAGAAAGCAUGUUCACGUUCAGAUACUUGUUCCCAGGGACAUGACUGCCAACAUAUUUGUGUCAGCACUGAUGACUCGUUUUUCUGCAAGUGUCGAAUGGGAUAUGUGUUGAAUGCAGACCAGAAAACAUGCUCACGAUCGGCUACAUGUGCUCAGGGACACGACUGCCAACACAUUUGUGUCAACAGUGAUGACUCGUUUAUCUGCAAGUGUCGUGUUGGAUAUGUUUUGAAUGCAGACCAGAAAACAUGCUCACGCUCUGAUUCAGAUGCAUGUGCCCAAGGAAAUGACUGCCAGCACAUUUGUGUCAACAAUGGGAACUCUUACAUCUGCAAGUGUCAAGUGGGAUACGUGUUGAACAUGGAUCAGAAAACAUGCUCACGUUCAAAUGCAUGUGCUCAGGGACAUGACUGCCAGCAUAUAUGUAUCAACAACGCUGACUCAUACAACUGCAAGUGUCGAGUGGGAUACGUUUUGAAUGCAGACCAGAAAACAUGCUCACAGGAGAUGAGAAGUGAAAUAACUCAAGAUGCCUGCAUGUGUGAAGCUCAGAUUGUGUUCCAGAAAAAAGUACAGUCAACCAUUCAGGAGCUGAACAGAAAACUUGAAGAGCUUUCAGACAAAGUGAACAUGAUUGAUGGCCAACAGCAGUAUUAAGGACAGAGAUGAAGAUGUCAGAAGACAUGUUCAGAACUAGAAAUGUAUUCAAUUCUUCUAUCCAGCGGAAGACAUUUUCAAUAAAAAUGUCUAAGAUUUGGUAGAGGUCUGCAUGGUAUUUCACAUGCAGUAUACUGCUAGCAUUACUGUUUUAUAUUAUAAACCUGCAUUUUGCAUUCACAACACUGUCUAUACUAUAUUUGUAAGAAAAUCUACAUUUCCUCCUGGCAGUGUAAGCCAUUGAGUUGAGACUAAAGAAAAUUAGGGAAAUUACAGAAUUGAGAGAGGUGAGAACUUCUAAAAAAAGAAACAAUGUUAAACAUGUUAAAAGUUUACUUUCAUAAUGAAUGUCUUUGGUGGAUAAAAUGUUGUACCACAUCCUUGUUGUGUAUUCAAUGCUCUGAGAGCAUUCUUGGUCAGUGUUCUUGUGUUGUUGGUAGAACACAAAGCCUCCAUACAUAACCAUAACACAACAACUAAUCUCUGAUACAACAAGAGCUUUGUUGUUACCCCUCUGAUUGCAGCAUUAUUAUGCAGAGAAAAUACCAAAAUAAAGCCUGAUCCAAUUAACCCAAGGCAGUGUUACAUCACAGUAAAUUAGACUACUAUAAUCCUUUUCUUUGAUACCUGAAAUAUUCUUAUAUAACAGUUAUAUUGCGCAAAAUCAAUUGUAAAUAUUGUUUUGUUUGUAAGAAACAGGAACAGUUGUUUUAGGGGGAGAGGGAAAAUAGUUCAGGGAGUUCAAUAGUACUUUGCUAACUUGGUGAGUCUUGGACUAAAGUCUCUGGUAGGAGCCCUAAGAAUUAAACACCAUUUUCAAUGCAAUAACUUCUGAAAAUUGAGAAAUUUUAAGUCAAGAUCCACCCAGUUUUUUCAUCCAGUUAAAACAGUGUUUCCCUGCAUGGUAUUUUCUUCAUAUAAUAGCUACACAAGGACUGUAUUUUCUACUUUGUCAUAUUGUGCAAAACUAAGCAUAAGUAUAGAAUAAUUAUGGUGUCUUUGUGUAAAACUGACAGUUUUGUGCAUACUAUGGUGCUUUUGUGACAGAAAAAACCUUGUCUGUAUAUUUUCUAUUGGGUGUAUAUUUGCACGUGAAAAAUAAAUGUUCUGAAAGUA